AUGGGUUCAGGGAAGGGGGCACUUAGAAUUGACGUUUUCCACCCGAUGACAUCAAGAAGAGACUAUCCUUGUGUCUUAUGCAACAAACGAACCAAACCGCCUGAGCGCAGAUUUAUAAAUGGACCAGGUUAUAAAGGUCUUAGGCGGUAUCUCCUCAAGUUUUACUUUAUCCAAGUGAAUGAAAAUGGUGUUACGUGUAACAAAUGUAGGGCCAUGUACUACAGGGACACUCAAAACAAAGUUCCAAAAAGACAAGUCAAUAUUGAACCCUCCAAUGAUGCCAUGAAAUCUCCGAAGCACAUAGCAUUACCAAUACCAUCAGUUGGUGGCAGUCAUUCAACCUGUUUCGUGUGCAAGCGUAGAGGACCAAAGUUACUUGUUGUACCACUGUCUGCCCGGAAUGAACUGUUCAUUGAGAGUAACAUUUUAAUACCAGCUGGAUCAAGAUGUUGUCCUGUUCACAUAAGUGAUGCAUCAUUUACAAAUAAUGCAUUAACUAGCAUUUUUGCACGAGAGAUGCAAACAAAAACUGCAUUCAACAGAACUGAUAUAAUGAAUCUCCUGCAAAUACUGAGGAAUGAUGCCAAAACCAAAGCUGACAAAAGAAUUGAUUUCGAUGGAUCUAACAUGUGUGCUGGGGACUACAAGAAUCUACUAGGCAUUGAUAAAGACCAAUUUGAAAAAAAAUCUCACAUUUCUAGAGAAGAAGUGAUAAAUAAUCAUACCCGUCCUCUAGCGCAAACCCUCUUUGGUAAUGUUGGAAACAGCACAGCAAUUCUGGUAAUUGAUGGCACAUAUAUCUAUAUUCAGAAAAGUACUCAGGCAUCAUUUCAGCGAAGAUCAUAUAGUAUGCAUAAACAUCGUCCUCUAAUUAAACCAGUGGUAUUUGUGUCUACAACUGGGUACGUAAUUUCAGUUCUUGGACCGUAUUUGAGUGACUACAAAAAUAAUGAUGCAAAUAUUCUAAAACAUACAUUUGAAAACAACAUAGAGCAAAUUCGAUCGUGGUUCGAGGAAGAAGAUGUUAUUAUUGUAGAUCGUGGUUUCAGGGACUCGGUAGAAUUACUUGAGGAUGUGUAUGGACUGAAAUGUCAUAUGCCAACGUUCCUAAAUAAAGGCCAAAAACAAAUGACAACAGAGGAUGGAAAUGCGUCAAGAUUAGUGACGAAAGUACGCUGGGUGGUUGAAUCCUUUAAUGGGAGAUUGAAACAGUGGAAAUACUUAGACAGAGUUAUUCCCAACACACAGAUUCCUUUUGUUGGAGAUUAUGUUAAGCUGAUAGCAGCUAUAAGCAACAGGUUUCUUCCUCCACUGAGUGUAGCUAAGGAUGCAGACAAGGAUAUUGAAAUGGCCGCAAAAAUGUUAUAUCUGUCUAAACAGAGAAAUGAAUUACAGGAGAAAGUGGAAAGAGAAGGUCUUGACAGGAAAAAUACAGUUUGGAAAGUAAUAGGUGAUAAUGACGGUGAAAUUGACGUAAAGGACUUCCCAAGGUUGUCAGAAGAAGAAAUAAGGGGUUUAACGGUUGGUGUGUACCAACUCAACAUGGCUAAGAUAUAUGCGCAGGAACACUUUGAUACACAUUGUGGAUUUGAGCUUUUUGCGAAUAAUGACGACCAAUACUUUUUGAGAGCUAAAUUACAAAGCAGACACACAUCAUCAAAGAUUUACAAAGUUUACAUCAAAUAUAACGAGGCAAGCGUUUGUGCAUGGUACUGUACAUGCAGACCUGGAGCAAGAGUUGUCGGAAUGUGCUCACACUGUACUACCGUAAUCUGGUACCUCGGGUAUGCCAGAUAUCAGGACAAACAGUGGCAAGCAAGUAAAAAUUGGUUUGACUUCAUACAAGAUGCUGAUAGAAAACUGGAUGACGUUGACUCAAGUGAUGAUGACACUGUAUCAAGCCCUGAUAUUACUGAAGGGGAAUAG